AGUAGAUCGAAUAUGAUUCUAUUAUACUAGUCAGUCUGAAUUUGACGGUUCCGAUAGCUAUUUCUAGUCUAAACUUGGCGUGAUUAACACCUAAUUCGGUGACUAUGGCUUUAGUCUGUGUUGAAGAUUACGAAAAAGAAGCGUUUCGUAACAUUCCAAAGAACGCCUUGGAAUUUUACCGAAGUGGUGCGGGAAGUGAGUUUUCAUUGACACUGAACAUUGAUGCAUUUAAAAGAUGGCGAAUCCUUCCCAGAUUCCUUCGCGAUGUUGGUGAAGUGAACACGGAUUGCAAUGUUCUUGGUUACAAGCUGAGUACCCCUAUCGGCGUCGCACCAACAGGUAUGCAAAGAACGGUCCAUGAUGAUGGAGAAAUAGGGAAUGCACGGGCUGUUGGUAAAGUUGGUGGCAUUUUUAUAUUGAGUACCGUAUCGACAACGUCAUUGGAGGAAGUAGCUGAGGCGGCACCAAAUACUACAAAAUGGUUUCAGUUAUAUAUUUACAAAGAUCAAUCAUUGACGGAGUCUCUGGUGAGGCGUGCUGAAAACGUUGGAUAUAAGGCCAUUGUUUUGACGGCUGAUGUUCCUUGCUUUGGUGCCCGACGAGCUGAUGCCAGGAAUAAAUUCAAAUUACCUCCUCAUUUAGGCUUAUUGAAUUUCCAAGAAGAUGGUAGCAGCAAUGUUAAAAAUAUGCAAGGAUUUUCUGGUAUUAAUGAAUAUGUGACUGCGCAAUUCGACCCAACGAUCACUUGGACAGAUGUUGAUUGGUUAGUCAAGUUUACUAAAUUACCAGUGGUUGUAAAAGGAGUCCUAACCAGAGAAGACGCACUUUUAGCUCGAGACCAUGGCUGUAGAGGUAUAAUCGUAUCUAAUCAUGGUGCACGGCAACUGGAUAGCGUUCCAGCCACAAUUGAAGUCCUUCCUACGAUUGUUGAUGCUGUUGGAAAUGAUAUGACAAUUAUGCUGGACGGUGGUGUAAGACAAGGGACUGAUGUGUUCAAAGCGUUGGCUCUGGGUGCUAAGGCAGUGUUUAUGGGUCGCCCAUUGAUUUGGGGAUUAGCUGUCAAUGGCCAAAAAGGUGCUGAACAUGUACUGGAAUUGGUUCAACGUGAUUUGGAACUGACUAUGAAACUCUCUGGUUGUGUGAAUAUGAGUGAUAUAACCAAAGAUUACGUUGCACAUGAGUCUCAAUUUUCGAAACUUUAAAUUAAAAUGUUAUUACUAAAAAGCUAGUAAACUUGAUCAGAAUAGAAUAAAUUAUAAUAUUGAGAACAAAA